GGUGAGAGCAACAAAAUUUGCAAAACAAUCCCAGAGUCAACAAACAAACUUCAGUCUGUUUUCAACUCUCGGACGUGUUGUGUUUAUCGCAGUGUGCGUGUGGGCAACGCUGGUUAGAAUCUUAUUGGAUUAUUUUAUAUAAACAAAAAUAACUUUUAGCAAAACUAUAUGAUAAGCAAUAAAAAGCACGUGUUGCAUGCUUGAAUAUUUAAUAUAAACGACAAGUUUACUUAAGAAAAAAAGAAAAAACUUGCUUAUAAAUAAGCAAAAAUUCUUGUCGGUGACGACAUAAGACGUGCAGGUGAAAUAGACCGGUUAGAUAAUCAAGCAAAGCUUACAACAAUAACAAUUUCCAGCUGUUAUACACAUUGGAAGUAAACAAUAACAAUAAUGAGCCGCCUUUUACUCAAUUCCACAAUAUGUGCCAGCGACUUCGCUGCCACAACAUCCAGACAGCAAUUGAAAUGUAAAUCAACGUCAAGUUUUGUUGUACGGCGACGCUGGAAAUCGCUGCUGCAUUCUCAUACGCAGGCAAAGCAACGUAUGUUCAGUCCAGCAGCAGCGUUUGAAUCGAGUGGUUGUCGGAGUUUGCUUUCGCCAUUUUUAACUAGUUUAAAUAAGCAUUGCGCCCUAAGUACAUCGGCCAGUAUGUCGUCGUCUAAAUGUCUCGCACUUGAUAAUAUAAAUCCCAACUUUAUAACAAUGGAAUAUGCCGUGCGUGGUCCAUUGGUUAUAAGAGCCGGUGAAAUCGAAAAAGAAUUACAAGAGGUAAAAGAAACUUUAGUUUUUGGUUGCAGUGUAUGCAGUGUAUGAAAAAAAUCAAUUUUU